AUAACGUAGCACCGCUGGUGAGUUCCGGCGGUUUCCCUCACUGAGAGGCUCAGUGAAGUCGGAUCGGCCACAUUUUCGCCAGUUUUGUUUGUCCGCUCAGCCCGUGCCGGUGUCCGCACCCGGGAUUGGAAAUACUGAGGGUCAGCGGACCGAACCUUCCCAGCACCGAGAGCCUCCCCGCGCUCCAGCUCUCCCAGUCUGUCCGUUACACUAACCGUCCGACUGAUUACUACCGACCGCGGGCGGACCGGCACCAUGUCCAGGAGGAGGCACAGCGACGAGAAUGACGGUGAGGGCGGCUUAUCGCUCCGGCCCAGAGUCUGGGUCCAACUCAAUGAAUGGGAAAACCGGGCUGGGACCUAGAAUACAGCGCUGUGUGUGUGUGAGGGAGGCUGGCAUGCAGCGCUGUGUGUGUGUGUGAGGGAGGCUGGCAUGCAGCGCUGUGUGUGUGUGAGGGAGGCUGGCAUGCAGCGCUGUGUGUGUGUGAGGGAGGCUGGCAUGCAGCGCUGUGUGUGUGAGGGAGGCUGGCAUGCAGCGCUGUGUGUGUGAGGGAGGCUGGCAUGCAGCGCUGUGUGUGUGUGUGAGGGAGGCUGGCAUGCAGCGCUGUGUGUGUGUGAGGGGGGCUGGCGUGCAGCGCUGUGUGUGUGUGUGAGGGAGGCUGGCAUGCAGCGCUGUGUGUGUGUGUGAGGGAGGCUGGCAUGCAGCGCUGUGUGUGUGUGUGAGGGAGGCUGGCAUGCAGCGCUGUGUGUGUGUGUGAGGGAGGCUGGCAUGCAGCGCUGUGUGUGUGAGGGAGGGAGGCUGGCAUGCAGCGCUGUGUGAGGGAGGGAGGCUGGCAUGCAGCGCUGUGUGUGUGAGGGAGGGAGGCUGGCAUGCAGCGCUGUGUGAGGGAGGGAGGCUGGCAUGCAGCGCUGUGUGAGGGAGGGAGGGAGGCUGGCAUGCAGCGCUGUGUGUGUGUGUGAGGGAGGCUGGCAUGCAGCGCUGUGUGUGUGUGAGGGAGGCUGGCAUGCAGCGCUGUGUGUGGCUGGCAUGCAGCGCUGUGUGUGGCUGGCAUGCAGCGCUGUGUGUGUGUGAGGGGGGCUGGCAUGCAGCGCUGUGUGUGUGUGUGAGGGGGGCUGGCAUGCAGCCUCCUUCACACACACACACAAUUUUUUUUUUUUUUUUUUUUUUACAGGAAGUGUUUAGGAAAGCUGUGUGGAUCACAUGCUGAGGAAAUGUAGCUAGGGCUGUAUAAAUCACGAUUUAACUCCUUAAAAUUGUAUAAUAUCUAAAUAUUUGACAUGCACCAUUAGGCCAAUAUUGAUGGUUUGCAAUUAAUUGAGUUUGUGUCCAAGUUCUGUUGCAUUUUUGUUUUUACUAUUGAAAGACUUAUCAAGUUUGGUGGAGAGACCACCAGUUCUUAUCGAUAUGUUUUUUGCUUUUCUUUUUCCUUUGCAGGGGGGCAACCUCACAAGAGGAGGAAAACUUCAGAACCUCUUGUAAUUGAAGACCGACUAGAAUCAUUAAUAUGUCGAGUUGGUGAAAAGGUAAUAUCUGGUCCUUUUCUUGUCAAAAAAUCUCAUCUCAUUUGAUCAUGCUUAAUUCAGACAUCGCUGCCUUCUCUGCUAAUGCAUAUGACACCUAGAACAUUUCCAUUUGUAUUUUCUCAGAGUACUUCCUCACUUGAAAGCAAUUUAGAGGGGCUGGCUGGUGUUUUGGAGGCUGACCUACCCAACUACAAAAGCAAGAUCUUGAGAAUUCUUUGUGCAGUGUAAGUUCACAAAAAACACUUUUAAAACUAGUUUUCUCCCAACUGUCAGUUAGUGCUUCGGCGUUCCGAAUCCUUGUCUGACAAGGGCGAGCAAAAAGAUCAACCACAGGAGGUCCUUCUGCUCUCCACCUAUAGUAACCAGAGCGUAUGCACUGUGGUUGCUGUGGAAACUCCCUAGUCGUCACUCUGUACCUGUGCCAUCAUGCUGGAAACAAAUCCAGCAUGCCAACGUCUCUGAUGAGAUUUGCCCUGCUUGGAGAUGCGUCCCAGACAGGGCAAAUCAAAGAAGACUUGCGGAGGGCAACCAAGAAGUGGGUGUUGCAUUAAUAGUAACACUCACAAAGCAGCGCUGAAGCGGAGGAAAAGUGAGUAAAACUUUAUAUUUUACGUUGAUUACACCAGAUAUUUUUGAUAUAUGGUGUAUUUAAUGUAUAUGGGAGCAAUAUCUGUUUUUUCAGAACUAAUUUACUUUAAUUUUACAGUCAUCUGUUAUCUAUGUUAAUAUCUAUGCAUAUUUUUUCCCCUUUCUUAUUUCAUACAGUUGCCGUUCAUUGCCAGAGAAAAUGACUGUUUACACUACAUUAGUGGGUCUCCUAAAUGCCAGGAAUUACAAUUUUGGUGGAGAAUUUGUUGAAGCCAUGAUUCGUGCACUCAAAGAGACCAUAAAAUCAAAUGCAUACACAGAGGCUACGUAUUUUGUAAGCUAUUAAUGCUUUGUCUCCUGUCCUUCACAAAUAGUUUGGCAAUUUAUUAAUAUUUUGGCAUCUGGUCACUUUGAAGUAAACCCGUUAAGAUUUCCAAAAUCUAUCAUACUGUAAUAAAAUUGUGUAAUGGGUUUUACAGAUUAGUGCCUCGAUUAUUUAUUCUUGCAUAAGCUCUUUAAAUGAUUUAAUAUUUUUAGAUUAGCUUUUAAAUGCCUUUUCUUUUUUAAAUAUCAAAAGUUUAUCCAAAAAAAUAUUAAUUUAAGUCCUAAAUUAGCAGAUUUUUUUUUUUUUUUUUUCCACCAAUUGUACAAACAAUAUUUGUUGUGGCAUGUACAAGAUCAUACGUGGUGCCUGUUCCUCCAGGCUGAGCACUGUAAAUGCUGCCUUUCUAGAGGAAAUGCAGUGAUUACAUUGGUGCCAUCUCUAGUGGCAGUCACACAGACGAUCACUAGAGGUUUUAUCUAAUCCAACGCUGCACAGUGUCUCUGCGUGGAGGCGCUAUACAUUCUCCAUAGAGGUGCUUUCCUAUUCACUGAGGUCAAGACUGAUGAUCUUGGCCAUGGAGGCGUUGAGACCAGUGUAUGAAAAAAGGUGAUUAAAACUUAAUGUACCUAAACACUGUGUGUAUUCCUGACACUUUAGUGUUCCUUUAAGCCCAGCAGUAAUUCUGGCAGCCAGGUGCGUGCCUGAAAGUUAUUUAUCUCACCAACCCUUCAGCACAGUUAGGCUUAUUAUAUAAUUAAUAAGCUCCCCUACUUUUAUGUAUAUUUUUUGUUUCUAAUUAUGUUGUACUGUAAAGUAUAUCCAAUCUACCAGAUUUAUGUGAGCAACCUGUGGAAAAAGGCAAAGCAGUGGCUAAAACCAAGCAUCUAGCUUGCUCUAUCUGCAAUGAACCAAAAAAAAUUUAUGUAUUUUUUUUCUUCAUUCAAAGGGGGUUCCUCCUCCCCUCACUAAUAAAUUUUGUUUUGCAGUACCUUAUGUGUCUGCGUUGAUUGUGAAUAUGGAGGUAUUGUGGGGUUCUAUGCUUUGGGGAAAAGGAGCAAUAGAAGGGACGUAACUUUGAAAUUCCCAUUCUCAUACUGCAUGUCUUGCAGAAGAUAGUUUAAGUUCAUUCAGGUAUAUACUGCCUCUAUUCCUAGGGAAAAAUACAUUUACACUAAGUACAAUUUUUAGCUUUUCCUCAUCUGCAAAGUGUGCUUUUGUUGUGCCAGGACUAAACCGGAUUGUGAUGUCGUUUACAAAAUCUGUAAUAUUAGACCAAUUAAUGAAUAAAGUUAAUACAAAGUAUUGGUGUUCUGUUUUUUGUUUUAAACAUUGAAGCAAUUUCCAAUAGAAGUGACCGUUCUCCCUUUAACACCUCAACCUAUUAACAGAUUAAAGUCCCUGCUUAUAUAGUGAACACAUGAUGUGCUUCUUGUGGUAUAAAAUUAAAGUUUUGUAUAUUUUUAUUUCUUCUCAUUUUUCACACCAAGGUCCGCUUUCUUUCUGAUCUCGUGAAUUGCCAUGUAAUCGCAGCUCCAUCAAUGGUAGCCAUGUUUGAAAGCUUUGUUGGGGUCACUAUAGAAGAAGAUAUUCCUCAGGUAACACAAUGACUGUGCACCCUAACCAAAACAGUAUUAGUUUCAUUGCUACAGAAUACAAGCAAUUUUUUAUAUAUAUAUAUAUAUAUAUAUAUAUAUAUAUAUGCGCAAUGGUUUAGAUUUCGGCCUCCCCUUUGCAGAGUAAAGAGAUUUAUUUAUUUUUUUAGGUGCGAAGUGAUUGGUAUGUUUAUGCAGUUCUCUCAUCCUUGCCCUGGGUUGGAAAAGAAUUGUAUGAGAAAAAAGAUGUUGAAAUGGAUCGCAUUUUAUCACAAAUUGAAAGUUAUCUUCAGUAAGUUAUAGUUUGAAUUGUAGACAUAGCAUUUGGUCUUUAUAAUAUUUCAUAAGUUAAGAGUUUAAUUUUACUUAUAUGGAGCCUUGCCAUUCUCAAACAGCUGAUGUAUGUAUAUUUGUACAUGGCUCCAUUUAUGUAUACACAUACAUAAAUGGAGCCAUUAUUGCCUUUAUACAAUAUAACAGGGCUCGACAAAUCCCAAGUCGCCAUGUCACAUAUAAAUUUUGCCUUGGUGCCUGAGAUAUGCGAGCCUCUUAACUCCAAGCUUGGCGUGCGACCAGCGGCAAGUUGGGGGAUUUUCUAGGAAGACGACUUGCUGUGUGGUCAUGGAGGCGGGCGGCUAGCUGCGCGAAUAGGAGGGCGGUGAGGGAUCUGUGAUGUCUCUGCUCUCCCGCGCGCAGCUUAAUAAAACUGGGGCUGGGAUGUCAUUUUCCGGCCCCGAUCUCUCUAAGCGGCGCGAAACAUCACAGCUCCCUCGCCGUCAGAAACAAUAUGCGCAGCUAGCCACCCGCCUCCACGACCACUCAGCAAGCUGUCUUCCUAGAAAAUCCCCCAACUUGCCUCCAUAAUCCUUUAGCAUGCCACUCUCCUGCACCCCAGCCUGUCGCCCACUAGACCCGACAGGUAUUAAAACAAUCAAUAAUGUGUGUAUCUCUGUCAUGGGGGGGGGAGGUGUAUUUCUGUCAUGGGGGGGGGGAUUUCUCUCUCUGUCAUGGGGGACCCUUUUGUUCUUUGUCUUCCUUCCGUGAAUAUUUUAAAAUAUAUUUUUACAUUUGCAAUUUUGCAUAAUGUUUUUUCCAUCUAUGCUUUAGACAUACUAAUCUAGUUUUAGAGUUGACUGCAUGCUAACUCGUUUUGUUAUUUAUAUUAGACGGCGUCAAAAAAUUCAUGUGUCUCUCUUGCAAAUAUGGUCAGCAGAAAAACCGCACCCACAAGAAGAGGUAAGUUGACUAUUAAUUUUAACUUUGUGAGUCUAGUUUUGGAGAAGGCCCUUUUCCCCAUAUAUGUACAUAUUAGGAAUGGAAAUUUUAAAAAUAGCAUGGCUAUUCUGACAAUAAAAAACAAAACCUGUGUGUACCUCUAAAAAUAGCAAAAUUCCUAAAACAUUGUGAAUUCAUCAUGGCCACAGCAAUCACAGCCAAUAAAUGUGAUCUUAAUAGGGAUUUGAAGUUAAGAUUGCAACAGUAGUGCGAGAGGUGGGAAGAAAACUGCAUUCAUGAAAUGAGGUUUCUUGAAAUUCCCUACACAGACUAAAAAUAUAAUUUUGGCUGCAGUAUCAACAGCAAAAUUAAAGGACCACUAUAGUGCCAGGAAAACAAACUUGUUUUCCUGGCUCUAUAUGGUCUUUGGGUCCACCCACCCUCAGGAUCCCACUCCCGCCCGGGGGGCGAGGGGGCGGAGAAGGGGUUAAAUUCUUACUUUUCUCCAGCGCCGGGCUUCCUCGGCGCUGGGGACUCUCCUCCCUCUUCCGACGUCAUCCGCUGAAUGCGCAUGUGCGGCAAGAGCCACGUGCGCAUUCAAUCAGUCCAUAGGAAAGCAUUUCUCAAUGCUUUCCUAUGGAUGUUGGCGUCUUCACACUGUGAAAAUCAGUGAGAAGUGCGGAAGCGCCUCUAGUGACUGUCAGUGAGACAGCCACUAGAGGCUGGAUUAACCCAUAUGUAAACAUAGCAGUGUCUCUGAAACUGCUAUGUUUACAGCUGCAGGGUUAACCAUAGAUGGACCUGGCACCCAGACCACUUCAUUGAGCUGAAGUGGUCUGUUUGCAUAUAGUGGUCCUUUAAAGUUAAUAUUAUUUUACCUUUAGCUUAAACUGGUCUUUCGUUGAACUCUUAAAACUUUUAUUAAAGAAAACUGUUAAUUCUUCCAGUAUUUGGACUGCUUGUGGGCCCAGAUUCAGAAGUUGAAGAAGGAUCGCUGGCAAGAAAGACACAUAUUGCGCCCAUACCUUGCCUUUGACAGCAUUCUUUGUGAGGCCUUGCAACACAAUCUACCACCGUUCACACCACCACCUCAUACAGAAGGUUCUGUUUACCCAAUGCCAAGAGUCAUUUUCAGGAUGUUUGACUAUACCGAUGCUCCGGAAGUACGUACUAUUAGUACAAUGUAAUGUAGCUAACUAGUAAAGUGUAGAUGACCUUCUGUUGUGGUAUAUUGCUUUAAUUGUAAUUGCUGAAUAUUGCAUACUGAUUAAUUCUACAUUCUAAAACUUUCAUUGCAAGGAUUUUCUUAUUGAAGUUUAUUUAUUUUGACUAGGGUCCAGUUAUGCCAGGAAGUCAUUCAGUGGAAAGAUUUGUUAUAGAAGAAAAUCUCCAUUGUAUCAUUAAAUCACACUGGAAAGAGAGGAAAACUUGGUAUGCAUUUGUUUUGUUUUAAUUUAAAUUUAUAUAAAAGUAGGAACGAUAGAGAUGAAAAUGAGAUAUUUAUGCUUAAUGUGUGUAUAUAUGUGUGUGUGUGUAUAUGUAUAUAUAUAUAUAUAUCUCUAUCAUUCAGAAAGUAUUUAAAUCCCUUAAUUUUUUUUCACAUUAAAAAAAAAAAAAAAAUGUUACAGCCUUAUGCAACAAAUCAAAAGAUUUCUAGAGUGCCUAGGGAAAAGGUUAUUUUGAAACCCGGGGAAAAAAUAGGAAAACCCAUUAACCUUGCAAGCAUACUAUAAAAUCACAUACACUGUAUCCCUUCUAUUUUAACCUGAUCUAGUGGCUAAUGACGAAACAUAUAUUUUUUUUAAUUUUUUUUUAAUUAUCCAUUUUACAUGUCAAUUUGAAUGAAAUGUAUUUUUUUAUUUUCUAUUUGUAACAAUUAUUUUGCAUAACUGGAGCAAUCACGGGCUGGCAUUUUAGGGAUUUAUCUUCCUAUUAAGAAACUGAAAAGACUGUUUUCUUUACAAUGGAAAAUUUGUUGCUUGAUACUAAAUUUAUCUUGAAUGCAUUGCUAUAAUCUGAUAGUUUUGAAUCAAUGUUCCUUCCUUAGCCAAUAGAUGGUGUUAAAAUAUAAGCAAUAAAGUGUGUGUGACUUUAUUGUAUGCUUAUGAAACCGUUGUUUAAUUUUUUUUUUUCACUUCAAUCUACAUUCAUGACAAAUAAAAAAUAGUUUGACACUAUUUGAGAAUAUAUUAAACUGAAAAUAGCUGAAGUAUCACAUUGACUUAAGUGUUCAGGUCCUUAACUUAGUACUUAAGCACCUUUAGCAGCAAUAACAGGCUUAAGUCUUUUUUGGUAUGAUGUGACCAGCUCUGCACAGAUGGAUUUGAGAAGUUUUUGUCAUUUAUUUAUGAAGAUCCUCUUAAUCUGUCAGCUUGGACAGACAUUUUCAGGCUACAUUUCAGAGAUAUUUGAUUGGGUUAAUGUCUGGACUCUGGCUGGACUUCUUAGUGACAUUCAAAGCAUUGUCCCUAAGCCACUCUUGCGUUUUAAUGACUGUGAUAUAAAAGUCAUUGUUUUGUUGGAUAGUGCACCUUCAGUCCAGUCUCUGAUCCUAUGCACACUGCACCAGAUUUUUAUUAAAGUCAUCUCUAUAUUUUACUGCCUUCAGCUUUCCCUUAACCAUGACCAGUCUGCCAGUCUCUGUCGUUGAAAACACAUGCAAAACAUGAUGCUACUACCACCAAGCUGUUGGGAUGGUUUUGUGUAGUUGAUGAGCACAGCCUGGUUUACUCCAGACAUUAUACUUGGAAUAUAGGCAAAGGCAGUUCAACUCUCGUUUCACACAGUCUGAGUUCUUCAGAUGCUUUUUAUGCAAUUUCCAAACUAGCAUUCAUGUGUGUUGCAGUGAGGAGAAACUUUGGUCUGGCCGGUUUGUCUUGAAGUCCAGAUCGAUGGAGUGUUGCAUUGAUGAUUUUCCUUCUGCAAGUUUAUCCCAUUUCCACACUCUGAAGCUCACCUAGAGUUACCAUCAGGUUCUUGGUCACCUAUCUUACCAAAGCCUUUCUACCCCUAUUGCUUAGUUUGGCUGGGGAGUCAGUUCUUGGAAGAUUCCUGGUUGUUCCAAACUUCGUCCAGUUGCAGAAUUAUGGAGGCCUUUGUGCUCUUUUAAACCUUCACUGCAGCCAAGAUGUUUUGUAGCCUUCCUUAGAUAUGCACAUCGAGCAAAUCCUGGCUGUGAGCUCUUGAGGCAUUUUUGUAGCCUUCUCCAGAUGUGUACCAUGAGCAUAUCCUGACUGCGCUCUUAAGGCAGUUUUUUUUACCUCAUGGCUUGGUUUCUGCUCUAGUAUGAAUUUAUAUAGACCGCUGCAUACCUUGCAAAAUAAUGUCCAAUUGUAUUUACCUCAGGUGGACUCUGAUCAAUGUGUAGAAACAACUCAAAGAUUAUCCAGAGAAAUGGGAUGUAUCUGGACGUAAUUGUCAUAGCAAAGAGUCUGAAUACUUAUGUAAAUGCAAUAUGUCCGUUUUUUGUUUUUGUUUUUUACAUUGAGGGUAGAUUGAUGUGAAACCUAAAAACAACAAAACCUAAAGUGUGGGGGGAAAAAAACAACUUUUUUCAAUGCACUUUUUGUAAUUAUCAUAUUUUUUUGAAGGGAGAAAGCAUUCUGAAAAUGUUUUUUAGCCGUUAACUAAGAUGUGGCUUGGAGCAGAAGAUCCUCCAGUGAUGGACCAAUCCUCCUCGUAGCAGAGUUUUACUCUGUCAGUGCAGCAAAAGCAUCUCCACCAGCUGUCAGAAAGACCGCCACUAAAGGAGGAUUUAAUCUUGCAAUGUAAACAAUUUUCUUUAAAAAAAAAAAAUGUUUUACAUUGCAGGGUUAAGACAGGGCCAUUGGCCACAGGGCAAUUUUAUUGAGAUGAUGUGGUCUGGGUGACUAUUGUGUGCCCUUUAAACCAGAGACUGAAUAUGAUGCAAGUAAGAACAUCAUGAAAAAAGGGUAUUCAUUGAUCCGUUUUAUGUUUUUCUUUUAAAGCUAGCCACUUUGAGUUAAAAAAAAGUCAAAAACAGUUUCCACUUAAUUGGAAAUAAUCUGUUCUAUAUCUUUCUCUUGUAGUGCGGCACAGCUAUUAAGCUACCCAGGGAAGAACAAAAUUCCUUUGAACUAUCAUAUAGUUGAGGUAUGUGAGUAGUGUUUAGUUCUACAGUUAAUGGUUUAUUUGCUAUACGGUAACAUAUGCUGUAUUGAAAACUCAAUUCCAAGAUUUGGCAGUUAUAGUUUUAUUAGCAGGUUAUUACAGUCAUACUAAUCAUUGAAUUGUAUUUUUCCAUUGUUAUUUCACUCAUCCCUUGUUCCUAUUAGUUGCUUGGCAUCUGUUCGUUACAUUGAGGAAUUAAGACAGCUAUAUUAAUGUAAAGGAUAGGAUGCUGAUUACAGUUGACAAAAAGUGUCAUCAAGCACUUAAGUAAGGCAUUAUUGUGCAAAGAUUAAAAAAAAAUAGUGUGUUAUAAAGAUACAUACUUUUUCACGCCAUUUUCUGAAUGGGGAGCAAGACAGAGGCAGAGUGUCAGCUGACACUCUCAGCCUAUUAGCGUCAUCUACAUCAAGACUUCCUGAUUAACCCCUUAAGGACACAUGACAUGUGUGACAUGUCAUGAUUCCCUUUUAUUCCAGAAGUUUGGUCCUUAAGGGGUUAAAGCCUCAGACUUUCAGAGAAAGUGGAUGGGGCAGAGCUUUUGGGAGCCGUCUUCCAGUCUUUAGGUUUAAAUUAUUAACUAUUUAACUCCUUAAGGUAAGACGGCACCGGAGACCAUCUAGCACCAUGGCAACUUUGAGUGAAGUUGGUAUGGAGCCCAGAGUUUCCAUUUAGUAUCGUUAUUUUUCGAUUUCCAGCCUUUCAGGCUUAUUGAACUUGAAGUGAUUUUGUUACUUGUAAUACAGAUUUUCUUAUUGCUCUGAUUUGUGUUCUGUUCCUAGGUUAUAUUUGCUGAACUCUUCCAACUUCCAGUCCCACCACAUAUUGAAGUCAUGUAUACAACACUAUUAAUUGAACUCUGCAAACUGCAGCCUGGAUCUUUACCACAAGUUGUAUCCUUUUUAUUUUUAUAUUUUGGAGGCGACGCAGUCCUAUAUAAAUCUGUCAAUUUUAAAAAAGGUGUUUUAGUUGCAAUCUGCAUGUAACUCUUGUUAAAACUCUGGUUAUAUGCGCAAACCAUUUUUGUAGCAAGGCAUUAAGAUUUCAUUCACUAAAUUGAGAAUUCAAAGAAAAUUACAAAUAUAAGAUCAGUCGGUAAACUGAAAGUAUGGUUGACUUUUAGACGUUUCCCAGUUUGGCUAAUUUAAAACUCACUCUGAAUUCACCUUGAAUACUCACUUUAGUGAAUAACCCUGAUAGUUUUCAUUGUGAAUUUUCCAGGGUUUCCAAUUUAUACUAUAUUAGCAAUUUAUAUGUCAAAAUAGUUGAAGCAUCUUUGUGGUCCAUACUUUAUUUUAAUACAGAGAAGUUAUUUGGAAUGACUUAGUUGAGUCGUGCAAUAUGGCAAUUGCCAGGUUUGGAAUAAUCUGAUGGGAUGUGUAAAUGGGAACAAAAGAUGGAAAUAAAUUUAUUUCAGAUAUUUAAACGUCAAAAUAUCAUCAGAUGGUAUGCAGUUUGUUUUUAAAUGUCUGUUAUUUUAAUCAAAACUUGUAGUUCGUAGUUUUCCUUAUUGGAAAUCAAUAGCUUGCACAAGCCACUGAAAUGCUGUACACGCGCUUGGACACCAUGAACACAACUUGCAUUGACAGGUAAAUAUAACGUGCAGUAAAAUUUGCUGUAUGAACAAAUAAAACUUAAAUGGACACUCUAGGUAUUGGUUUAUCAUUCUUGGAAUUUCUUGGCAUCAUUCCUCUUUUUGAAUGGUUAAACAAGAGUCCCUGAAGGCUGGGCCCCUCUACUGUUUAGUCUAAUGAGGAUUCAUUAGAUUGAGCAGCAGUGGCAGGGAUGAAGCUAAGGGCCAACCAUUAACUAACCACUUCAAUUAGAUGUAAUGGUUGAAGUACCUAGAGUAUUCCUUUUAAGAAAAUAGAUAUUUUAAUUUAAUCCUAUAGUAGUUUAACUACAAUUCAAAGUUUUCUGGCAACAUAACAUAACUGCAGGUGAAGAAUUGUGGGAAUUACAGUUCAUCUACUGUUGCAGUGCCUAGGUUACACAGCUCUGCUAAAGGGGCAUGCAUCACUUGACUUUUAAACCAGCAAGCAAAUACUUAUAAACAUACAAACCAAAGUAAAGCAAAACCAAAAACCUACAGCUUCUCUUGCAGUGAGAAGUGCUGCUUUCACCUCAGUCUUUAAAGGGGAACAUAACAAGUUAUAAAAACUUUAUCUCCAUUCUAAAUACACACUAUUUUAUCCCUAUACUACAUAUACCAAAACAUUUUAAUCUUCAGAAUUAGGCUCUACAUACCCCUCUUCUGCAGCUCAGCUAUUGGAAAUCCAACUUUGUGUGAUAGUGGUGAGCUGAGAGGAAUGGGGCAGGUAUUUUCUGAACAGUUUAAUGAUUACAUAAAGAACUAAUUUCUUUUAUUUUAAUUUAUUUUUAGGUUUAUAAAUUGGUUUUCUCACCAUCUGAGUAACUUUCAAUUCCGAUGGAACUGGGAAGAUUGGUAAGUGCUUUUUAAUCUUUCUUUGCUAGAAGAGAUGACUUUCUAGUAUCUGUCAUAUUAACUACAUUAUUUUAAUUAACUUAUUUAUGUGUUGCAGGGCUGAUUGUAUUCCUCAAGACCUAGACAAACCUAAACCCCAAUUUGUACGAGAAGUUUUAGAAAAAUGCAUGAGGUAUAUAUAAGAUUUUGUAUAUAGUGUUUUGCUUUAUAUUUGCCGGAUUAUGACUUUCUAUACAUGUGCUACUAAUUUGUAGUUAUCUCAGAGGCUGGUAUUAGUUAAUCUACAUUAAGGGAUGUGGCGGGACCAGCCUCGCCACUGGGCAUUGGAGAAGACUGAUUGCCAGCCUCCUGCCCUGUGACUAUGGCCCCAUGUUGAAAUGCUUGAUUUUCCCCCGCAAAGACCCGAAAGCCAGGUCAUUCGGUACUUUCCCUAUGUGAGCAGUGUUACCCCAGAUAGCUAUGCCAUAGAGCCCAUUUGUAUAACGAAAGACUAUGUGAAAGACUUUGGCUCCAUGUCAAUUGAACUGUAUAUAUGCGAUCUGAGCGCCAUUCAGUAAUAAUGUGCGCUCAGAUCUAAGCUAUCUGGGGAUAUGUGCCUGUUUUAUGCAAUAGCUGCACAGUUAUAUAUUUUUAUGUAUUUUAUUGUAUUUUGCUACCAUGUGGCUAAUGGAGUUUUGCCUCUGUCCUUGGAGAUAAUUGGAUUACUUCCCAAUUAUCUCCAGGAUAGACUCUGUGGAACUGGUUUGGGGCAGAAAAGCCAUGCUUCGUUUGGUCACAAAGGGACUUUCAACUAACUUUUGACCCACUGGACCAAUUUGUAUGAUUUUGAUGUAUGUUUGUAUUUGGAGUAUGCUGAUUCUGAAAAUGUGAAUGUGAUGUAUACUUUUAGAGUUAUGAAUAUUGUGUAAAACUGUGUAUUUUCCUGCCUCUGAUUAAGUUAGACCAUUGUGUUCAGUAAUUAUAUCACAGGCAGAGGGGAGGAUUUUGUGUGGGAGUGUCUGAAUGUAUUGUACGUAUUGAUUGGUUGUUCUGCAAAACCCUGUGGGCAGUACUAUGUGUGUAAAAUGUGCAUAAAAGAGGCUGUAUGUGCCAGUACAGAAAGUUCUACUUCACCCUCAAUCGGAGUCCUGUCUCUUAUUGGAAGAUCUGCUACAAGGGAUUGCAAUGCUCUGCAUAUUCCCUUGCUAUAAUCACUACCAAGCUCUUGUAAGAGAUUGUUCCUGCCUUGCUCUCUGGAGGAGUCUAUGGUAGUUAUGGUGUCGGCUGGAGUGCUUGGAGCCCUCAGGAAGCGCUAGGAGCAUCCAUCAACGGAGGUACCCAGUCGGGGUGCUAGGUGAUCGGUUACAAUGGAUAUUUUAGUGCGCUCAGACAUUUUCAAUGAAACACAUUAUAGAUGGCUUAAUGUUCACAGCAUAUUCUGCAUACAUAAUCCUGUAUCUGCAAAUCUUAUUUCCGUUUUUUUUUUUUUAAACUUCUCUCCUUUCCUAGGCUUUCUUAUCACCAGAGGAUAUUGGACAUUGUGCCUGCAACCUUUUCUGCUCUGUAUCCACCAGCUCCCAAAUGUGUUUUCAAAUAUGGAGAUGAGAGCGCUAGUAAGUGACUUUUUUUGUUUGUAUGCACAUGUUUUACUGUACUAUAUUGUAUUAAAGGAACACUAUAGGUACUAUAGUGUUUAAUAUGCACCAUUUAGGUGGCUUGAGCCCCCCCCUCCCCCCAUGACUCCCUAAGAAGGGGUUACAACUCACCUUAUUUCAAGUGCCGCACGGCUCUACCAACGCUAGCUCCACCCCUGAACCACCUCCUUGGUGACCUCAAAAUUUCAGAUUUUUAGCCAAUCCAUUGGAAGGUGGGGUGGGUGUGGGGCCGAGCAUGGAGACGCUGAACGGCAGUGCUGUCUACUGUGCAGCACUGCCCCAGGGAGCCCCUCCAGUGGCCACUUGGCUAGGGGCAAUGUAAACACUGUAUUUUCUCUGAGAAGGCAAUGUUUGUUUGAAAAUGCAUGAAGGGGAUGUUUAUACUAACCAGAACAACUACGUUAAGCUGUAGUUAUUCUUGUGACUAUAGUGUCCCUUUAAGUAUUAGGUGCCGAAACAACUUUUAAACUUAAUGAUGUGGUUUUGGCGUACCAAUCAUACACUUGCAGUCUUAUUGCUCAAUUCUCUGUCAUUUUAAAGUAAAUCACUGUUAUGCAGCCCUAGUCACACAUCCCCUGGCUGAGGCUCAGAGACUCCCUAUACACUUCAUAAAGUCUAAUUGUUUGAUUUUUUUUUUUAAUUUUUUUUUUUUAACCUUCCAUUAUAGCACCGUGAUUAAACACCCACAUGGCAGAUAAUUGAGCUGUGAGCCUGCAGGUGCAUUACCUAUACAAUAAAAUUGCUAUAUUAAGAAGCUCAGGGACAAAAACCUGUUUUCCUGAUCCUAUAGUGUUAAAACCAUCAUUUAGCCCUCCUGUUCCAUCCCCCCAAAUAUUGCAAAAUCUUGCCUUUAUUUCAGUCUGCCUGUUUUGGCUCUGCCCCUGAUCUGCCUGUUUUGGCUGACCUCAGAAGUGGAAAUCUGAGCCAGUCAAAUGCUUUCACAUAGGAAAGCAUUGGAUUGGCUGAGACUGUCAAGGAUGCAGAUUGGGGCAGAGCCAGCGCAAGCCAAACACAGCGCUGGCUAAUCAGCAUCUCCUCAUAGAUAUGCAUUGAAUUAAUUCAUUCCUAUGAGGAAAGUUCAGUGUCUGCAUGCACAGGGUGGACACACUGUCAGAGCUGCACGCUAUGAAGUACUGCCCCAGGAAGAUUCAAACCAAGAAAUUAUAAAAAGGGAAAAAUUUAUACCAAAACACUUUUAUUAAAAAUAAAAAAAUAAACCAUUUAAAACUUAACUUUCAUUAAUUCAGCUAUAUAAAAAGGUAAAAACAUACAAGUACAUCAAGAACAGUCCCUACAUAAAGAGACUAAAAGAUAUGGUAGUCAAAAAUUUGAACUAAGAUUAAAUUUGACAUAGGUAGCGAAUUCAAUGAAUCAAAAACUGCCUGUCCAUUUACUUCAUAUUGAAAAAAGAGCUCGUACAGAGGCUACUUAGUAGCAACACAUACAUGCCACUACGGUAACUUUGUAUCUUAUCAAGAAACUAGCAUAAUAGGAAAGAAUUGUCAGCUAAAAGUUGGUCUGUUUUAUAGAGCAUAAAAUAGAUACAAAAAACAUCUCACCUCUAUAUCCAUCAAAGCAAAAGGGGAAAUGUAAGGAGAGGCUAAAUGCUAUACACAGUGCCUACUGUGCUUUCGAUGGCCCAAUUUAAAAAAAAUCUCGCCACCCAUCAACCCUAUCCUGUAGUUGCUAGUCUCUAAAUAGAGGUAAAAAAUGUAAGUAGAAUAAUCAAUUAAAGAUUGGAAAAUGAAAGCAAAAAAAUUAUUUAAAAAUGUAAAGGAAAAAAAUUGUCUAAAUCAAAACAAAUCAGGAAUGUGUGGUGGCUGUAUCUCCAUAAUCAUGUAAUACUGCAGCAUCGUCCCAUAUAGGUAAAGCCUUCCCACACACAAAAACAUCCAGACGCUGGCUCUUCCAUUGAAGCCCUUGGAAGCACCUCUAUUAAGCAUCUUAGGAGUGGCCAGUGGAGGUAUCCUUAGGCUGUAAUGUAAACACUGCCUUUUCUCUGACAAUACAGUGUUUACUGCAAUACUCCUAAAGGGAAUGAUUCUACUAACCAGAACAAAUACAAUAAACUGUAGUUGUUCUGGUGAUUAGUGUCCCUUUACCUAGCUUUGUUCUUGUGCUUAGAGUAUCCAUUUAAUGCUAAUGUGAAAUUUGGUCAGGGAGAAAAUUACUAGCUGUUCUGUGUAAAGUGUUUAUUAUUUAAAAAUAAUAAAUGGUGAUGGAAACAAUAAUGUGUUUUUUUUUUUUUUUUCUGCUCUUCUACAGGUUCCUUGCCUGGAUAUGCCAUUGCGCUCAAAUUGACAAGUGUGAUAAAAAAUAAGGCGGUUAAUGAGGAUAUUUUUAAUGUUUUAAAAGAUGUUCCUAAUCCAAAUCAAGAUGACGAUGAUGGUAAGAAUUCCUAUCUGACCUUUGCCAUGUAGCUUAGUAAAUUGUUAAAUACUUUGUAGUGCUUUGUAAUGACAACUUUUUUUUUUUUUUUACAUUCUUAAAAUGUAAAUAAUCAUGCUUUACACUUAAGCAUUUUCUUAAUAAACAAAAUAUCCACUGUAAAAUAGUUCACUUGUAUGUUUUGCUUACAGAUGAAGGAAUAAGCUUCAAUCCACUGAAGAUCGAUGUUUUUGUGCAGUCCCUGCUGAAUUUGGCAUCAAAGUCCUUUAGCCAUUCCUUCAGUGCUAUUGCAAAGUAAGUGUUUUUUCUUGUAUCCCUGCUGAAAUGUAGGACAAAAAAAAUGGGUCAUCCUACUUAGCAAACUUUGGCUUGCCUUUCAGUUCUCCACUCUUUAGUCCUGCAUUUUUUUAAAAAAAAUUUGGGGAACAGCUUCUUUUUCUCUUGUCACUGGAGGUCUUGUAGAAUUUGUAGUCCUGCUUUUUUCCUUUUGUUUGUGUGUGUGUGUAUGUGUGUGUAUGUGUGUAUAUAUGUGUGUAUAUAUGUGUGUAUAUAUAUAUGUGUAUAUAUAUAUAUAUAUAUAUAUAUAUAUAUAUAUAUAUAUAUAUAUAUAUAUAUAUAUAUAUAUAAUUACCAGCCACUGGAUUCUCCCCCAUAUUUGCUUUGUCUAAAAUGGUACUUUGAUUUAGUCAGGAUGACUGCAUAUCAGCCUUCCGUCCUUUUUAUUCAAGACAACUAUCUUUUGGUGUCCAAGCCAGUCUUCUGGUUCAUUCUUCCAUUCUUACCUUGGUCCUGGAUUUUGUGAAUAGGAUAUAUGAAGGGUUUGUGGUUGUACAAAUAUUUUAACCUUUAUUGAGAAUUUUAAUUCUUGAUAGCUUAGAGCUUGGACUUCGGAGCAAGUUCUCACAACAUUCUGGCCUAAAGCAUACUCCAGAAUGAUGACCUUUUGCUUCACUAAUUUUUAAUGUUGCUUCCUGAUCCCCUCUACUACUCCAUACGAUUACUGUGUUUUAAGGUACUCCAAGAGUCCAUGGUGUAACAAUUCCCAAUUCUUUUUUUUACUGUGGUUAAUGACCUGGACUGACGGUAUGCCUUGUGAACUUAGCGGGAAACUACUGAUUUAUAAGUUAAAUAUGUUUGCCUUCUGUGAGGUAAACUGUUCUUCAAGCAGCAUUUUUAAAAUUAUUUUUUACAGAGUCUUGGCUAUGUAGUCUUCAGUUAAUCCUAUUUGUCCAACACUAAAAAAGAGUUGUUUUUUUUUAUUUGAUAAAGCCAUUUUGUAUUUCCAUUUGAGUGUUGUAAUAAUAUAGCAAAAAUGUUUGUUUAACCUCUUUAGAUUAAGGCUUAGAUAAAUAUUGUUAUGGUUCUGGCAUGUCAUCUGUCAUGAAGGUGUUAAAGAUAGGAUUUAUUUUUGUCCCUUCAUGAGAAACAAAAAUCCAGGUCUGUCCCAAUAUAAACAAACUUGUGUGGUUAACGUGUGUCUGCUUCGGUGCAAUUAGCUGCUUAAUGCUGUACUGUAUAAGUCAGUGGUUCCCAAACUUGUCCUUAAUGCACCCCUACCAGUCCAGGAUUUGGGAAGUACCCGGUUGUGUCUAAGGUGUUUUAAGAAAAAAAAAAAAACACACACACACACAACUGGGUAAUCCCUAAAUCCUGGGUGCUUUUGGGAACCACUGGUCUAAGUCUUUGGAAAUAUGUAGUUACUAAUUGUGCUUAGCUGUGACAUGGGAUAUUGAUCAUUACAUGCAUUAUCUUAACAAGGUUUCAUGAAGUUUUCAAAGUAUUAUCUGACAGCGAUGAAGGGAAGCUUCAUAUUCUCAGGGUCGCCUAUGAGGUUUGGAAAAAUCACCCACAGGUAAGGGGCUUAAUCUGCCUUCAAAUGUCCCUUUUCUUUGAUCAGAUUUGCAUAGUGUCUACUUUACUUUUGUAAACCCUGUAGUCCUUGUUAUGGAAUAAUUUAAUUCUUUUAUGGAAUAUCUUAAUUUUUUUUUUUGUAAUAGAAGACAAAACCUAUUACCGAAAAAUAUUAAGAAAUUAAAACUAUCAGACAUGAGUCGGAAAUUGUUGAAAUGCAGUUGGCAAAUUUUUAUGUAUCAGAAACUUUUAAUGCCACAGCCAUGCCACUUGUGACUUGAAAAUUAAAAUAAAGGUACAUUGAAUCAAUUGAGGAUUCAUUCCCCUGCUUGAGGGAUUAGCUAAACACUCCAUUAUCAGGAUGACUGAGCAUGGCUAGAGUUACGUAAUACAUGAUAUAGAAAAACAGAAAUAAUCGCUCACUACAAAAAUACAAAAGAGGGCAGCAGUAAAUCCGUGAGGAUUCCCAAAACCUCACAAAUAGUGAUGUCCUGAACGGUUCGCCGCGGACUCAUCAUUCCAGCCAAUCAGAAGCAGACCCUCCCUCCCAGACCCUCCCAACUCCUGACAGCUCACUAAGAAUGCAGCUUCAAAAUGGAUGCUGUCCAGGAGGUGGGAGGGUCUGCUGCUGAUUGGCUGGAAUCAUGAGUCCGUGGCGAACGGUUCACGAACCGUUCGGGACAUCGCUACUCACAAACAGUACAAAUUAUAACAAACAAAGUGACAAACUGUGCCCAAAAGGGUGUAAAAAUGUACAGCACCACUUGUAUUAAUAUAUAUAUAUACAUAUCAUUUUAUAGAGUUGCUGUAUACAGGUAUUCAGUAACUUUUGGUAACCUCAAAGAAAAGAAAAAAGACAGUGUACAAUAUUGUAACAAAAUAUGUAAUGUUUUAUAUAAAGUGUAUAUAGGGCCAACUCACACUUUAUUGAACUACUAAGCGCUCUGCUGUGAAUAGUUUGGACUGUACAAUCACAGUCUAUGGAUAUAUGGAGCUCUGUUGUACUUGCCGUUAUGUGUGUGUGUAUAUAUAUGUGUGUGUGUGUGUGUAUGUAUGUAUGUAUGUAUGUAUGUAUAUAUAUAUAUAUGUGUGUGUGUGUGUGUGUGUGUGUGUGUGUGUAUAUAUAUAUAUAUAUAUAUAUGUGUGUGUGUGUGUAUGUAUAUAUAUAUAUAUAUAUAUAUGUGUGUGUGUGUGUGUGUAUGUAUAUUCGCUUAUGGUGUAGUAUGUCUAUACACAAAAUAGUAAAUAAGUGGUAUCCUACUAAUAAUAUCCAGAGCAAUAACUUGCUCUGGUUUUGAGAUAUGUAUAUAUGUAUGUAUGUAUAAUGAGUUCAAUUAUUCCAGUACACACUGGCUGGGCUUCCUCAGAAGUGUGGAUAAUCCUGUCCUGGUUUAUAUAGGCUGUAUGUCAGUAAUCAGUGAAAUCUGGUGUGUCUAAUGCAUUUCCUGCUUGUGCUUCGGUCGCCCAGGAAGUGACGCGUCACAAUCAUUACCUUGCAUGGGUUCAUAGGGUAUGUAGUCUUACAGCCGCGAGUAUACAAUGAUAUUCAGUAUUUCACGUCCGUCUUUGUGUAGCUCCGCUCUUUAUAUUACGUUAGCAAAUAAUGAUGUAUCGGCAGUUCAUUGCAAAAUAUAUCCCCAGAGCUUGGUCGUCCAUAUUGAAUGAGGGCAAAGUGUGGGAAACAAACAUUGCAUUAGAAUAAAUGGACUAACUGUAUUUAAAAUACCAAGCAUUCCUUAAAGUCCAUAGAAAGUAGCACUCAUUAAACAUUGUUAAACUGUGAACAUUAUUUAAAAAAGAGAGAGGUAACCUAAAACUUACCAGUACAGUUAGAUAAACUAUUAGUGAAUGUGAAUAAGCCAAGGAGAGGUAUAGAUAUAGAAAAGUGGUGUAAUAUAAAUAUAAAAAUAUAAAUAAAUUAAACAGGUUGGAUGCCAAAACCCAUAAAAAUAGUAAGGAUUACAAGAAAUUAAAGGGACGCUAUAGUCGUCCCCAAAAACUACAGUUUACUGCAGUUGUUCUGGUGAGUAUAAUCAUUGCCUUCAGGCAUUUUCAUUCAAACACUGCCUUUUUAGAGAAAAUUCUGAUGUCAUCAAGGAGGCAGAUCAGAGGCAAGGCCAGUGGCGCUGGAAAUAAGAGUUUUAAUUCCCUUUGUGGCGGGGGGGGCAAGCCACCUAAAUGGUGGGUCUAACACUAUAGGGUUAAGAAUACAUGUUUGCAUUCCUGACCCUAUAGUGUUCCUUUAAACAGAUCAAAAUCGGCAUUCAGAUCAUUAGGGUGUCUAGAUAAUACACCCAUUCCAUCUCUUUUUAGCCAAGCAGUAUAUGAUAUAUUCUUUGGAUUUUUUUUUUCUUCGUGUAGUCCUACUAACAUACAAAUUUUAUUUAAAUUUUUGUUUUUAGAUGACUGCUGUGUUGGUUGAUAAGAUGAUACGUACACAGAUUGUUGACUGCGCUGCAGUGGCCAACUGGAUUUUCUCCAGUGAAUUAUCACAUGAUUUUACCAGGUUAGCUGGAUUACUUUUGUUACCUUCUAAUUGCGUUUUAUCUUACAAAUGAGUGUUAUUUUCCCAAAAUGUGGGGUGUGUAGUUAUCUAUGCUUCAGUUAAAGAGUUUGACUGUCUCUAAUAUAGUUUGUUUUAUAAAUUGCAAAAAUAAUUGAAAUCCAAUCCAUCCGUGUGAGAUGUCAUGAUUCCUUUUUAUUCCAGACGUUUGGUCCUUAAGGGGUUAAGUGAUAUUUCUUUAGUUGCAUUAGUUGUGUUGAAAUUACAAUCCCAAACACCAGAAAUCUCAAUAAAGCCUUGGUCAUUAAGAGAUUAAACUCUAGAUUUGGAGGUUUUUGUUACAAACUGCAAUUCAUCGAAAUUUGUGCCUAUCGCGGUGAUUGAUCAAAUUGCCAAACUUCAAGCUGAUAUGUAGUUGAAUCGUGAACCAAACAAAACAAAGUUUGUUUGUUUUUCCGUCAAUUGGUUACUUUUUCUCACUUGAUCUGUGCACCAAAUGAUGGAAACAUGCACCAAUCGAUCUACAGUGAAAUGUAUACGUAUUACAGGGUUGAAAUUUCCAGAAACCAUUAGUGAGUGAAAUUUUUAGUCCUGGUGAGUAGAAAUUCAUGCCUAUAUGAUAUGCUAUGGCUUGCAGUGCCUUGUCAGUAUCAUUGGAUUACAAAUGUUAAACCAUAUGCAUAAUAAUUUUUAUUUUUUUUAAUCUGUGCAGAAGUGUAUUAAACACAUACAAAAAUAUAUCUCUAUAUCUCUGUCUCUCUCUCUCUCUUCUAGCUAUGGAAAGCAAUUGUUUACUGUAAAUAAAAAAUAUAUUGUACUUUUAUUCUAUGAUCCUUUAUUUCUAGUAAUUAAGUUGUUUUUCAUAGGUUAUACAUAUGGGAAAUCUUGCACUCCACAAUUCGGAAAAUGAAUAAGCACGUCCAGAAAAUCGAAAAAGAAUUAGAGGAUACAAAAAAACGUCUUGCCAGGCAGAACAAACGAGUAUGUAAACCAUAUUACUAUUUGAGAAGUAAAAUCAAAAUUUUAAUAAGGGUGUGUUCUCUUGAAUUUCUUUUGAAAUACAAAUUUAUUAAACAGUAGAUGGGUGUACAUUUCUUCUUUCCCUGAUUUAUCUUUUUAACCUACAUAACAUGCCUAUAUGUAUGCAAUGAGUUUUUUUUAAAUCACAUUUGCUGCAUGUGUUGUAGCACGUUUUAUAUGCCUGGUUUUUAAACACACUUUCAGAGGGACAGUGAUGAUGACGACGAUGAUGAUAGUGGAAGGGAAGAUGGUCCUCUGGAAGAACAGAUAGAACGUUUGCAGGAGAAGGUCGAGGCCGCUCAAAGUGAACAAAAGAAUCUAUUCCUUGUUAUCUUUCAGGUAUUUUAGUAGUUUCAAUUAAUCAUACAGGCAUUUUAUUAAAUUUAACGUCUUUAUGUUUUUGUUCAUUGUGGUUUUUUUUAACAUCUUAUUUAUUUUAAAUGUAUUAAAAGGUUAGUCCUCCCCAUAUUUUUGAAAUUCCUUUCCUAUGGUUUCUCUAAAAUUAGAAAAAUUAGGUUAAAUAUUAGAUUCAUUACAUCAUUUUGUAUGUCUUACACAUCUAAUGCACAGACUAUGCUGUGUGAUUGCAUAGUCAGUUCUUUACUACCAAUAGCUCACACUCUUCAAAUGUAUUUAUGCAUAUAUAUUAUUUUUUCUUGAAACUCUAUGGAAACAAGAGAACCACAACAUAAUUUUCUACUUACUAGAUAUUUGUUAAUGACUAACUUUGUCAUUUUUUUCAGCGCUUUAUUAUGAUUCUUACGGAGCACCUGGUGCGUUGUGAAACUGGAGGUAUUGAUGUGAAUACUCCAUGGUAUAAGAAUUGCAUAGAGAGACUUCAGCAAAUUUUCCUCCAGGUUUGUGCUUUUCUCGUUUACAGCGUAUUCAGAUAUUAUAGAAAAUGUUCUGCACCCUUGACUGUUGCAUUGCAAUAUUAACUUUCGAUAAUUAUUUUUCUUUAAAGCAUCAUCAGAUAAUUCAGCAGUACAUGGUCACCCUUGAAAACCUCUUGUUCACAGCGGAGCUUGAUCAUCACAUCUUGACAGUCUUCCAGCAGUUCUGUGCAUUACACGGUUGAUAUGCACAUAAGACCCUCUCAUGAACUUUUGAUCAGCAAGAGGAAAUGAAUAAUUGCAUUUUGUUGGUUUUUGUGUUUUUUUUUAAUUACAUUGAGUAUUCAGAGUAAAACACUGCAUUUGUGAUGCUAAUAGUGAAAGGACAUAUUUUCUAGUUAAACCAGGGUGUCUGUUAAAACAUUGGUUUAUUAUUGGACUUGAACAGCUAAAUAGUAAUAUGACAAUACCUUAUGUUUUUGGGUUGGUCAUGUGAUGUAUUGUUACCUUUCUAUACUAACAUUUGUUACACCACACUUUGUAGAUCUGCUUUAGAUUGUGGUUUUUGUUUUGUUUUGUUUUUUCCCUUUAUUUUUAAUGUAUUGCUAGAAAGGUUUCCUCAUUGCAAUGUGAAGUGAAGCAAGGAAUGCAUUUUUGUAAAUGUGGCUACAAGUAGCCAAUUAUCUUUCUUUGUUGAUUUUAUUAACCUGCCUCAAAAAAAAAAAAAUGAAAUUGCUUGCAAUUUUUUCCUCCCACUCUGCAACAAAAUUAUCAUUUUUGAAAAUGGCUUGGUUGAAAUAAACCUGGAAUACUUUUUUACUAUUUGUGUGCUUGUUUUGGGGCUAUUUGCUCCACUAAAAGGCUGUGCUUGUACAAUAAGUAAUAUUCCUAAAACUUGUCUUUCUGUGCUUCAAG